GUGCUGGUUAAUGUUCCCACAAAACAACAUCGGUCAGAAAUCCUGGAAGUCCUCAUGGCAGACUUGCAUAUAGCAUCAGACGUAUCAGUUCCAGAGUUGGCUAAUUGCACUGUCGGGUUUGUUGGUGCUGACUUGCAAGCCUUGUGUGAAGAAGCAGUCAAUCAUGCACAUACUCAAAUUGAAUCCCAUGUAGUACAUCCCAUGGAACCAGAAGUGCACAUGUCACAUUUUGUACAGGCUCUCCACACUGUCAGACCUUCAAUGAAGAGAGGUUUAGAUAGUGUUGUGGAAAUCAAACCUGUGAGAUGGGAGGAUAUUGGAGGUUUAGAGGAUGUAAAAGCAGAAAUUAGGCAGGCAGUUGAAUGGCCCCUGCUGUACCCUGAAGCACUACAGUCGUUUGGGCUUGUCUUCAACAAAGGGCAUUCUCCUGUAUGGGCCACCAGGUUGCUGUAA